AUGGACAAGGCCAGCAGUGGGAGACCACACAAUGGCGUCAUUCUCGAGGCGUCUCCUCUCCCUCGGCCUCCGCUUGUGAAGCUGCGCGCUUCUUCAGUAGACGGAGCGUAUUUCCAUGUUGACUUGGACAGUCAAAGCAGAGAAGAGAAGCUGGUAAACGGGACUGAAACACGAGUGGCAUACAAGUCUGGAGGCUGGAGACAUCCUUUCCUGCUUUAUGUCGACGGAGUGUUGGACGAAGGAAACCUCGGUGCCAUUGCGCGGUCAGCCUACUUCCUUGGAGUGGAUGCCAUUGCGACGCCCACACGGCAGAGCGCACCUUGGAGCCACAUAGCUCUCAAGGCAUCCGCCGGAGCAGCAGAAGCGAUCCCUAUCUUUGCUGUCAAACAGCCUGCCGCGUUCCUCGCAGAGAGCGCUCGCGAGGGCUGGCGAAUAUACGCCAGCGAUGCUGUACCUGCGGAUGAGCCGUUGAGCGAUCUGUCUACCUCCACCCCAGCCAAAAGCGAUGGAAGUGCAGAAGAUGGCUCAAGUAGCAUUGUGUUCAAACAUGCUCGUCACCCCAAGGUGCUUCCUGUAGGCCAUAGCCCGGUCGCCUCGCAUCCAACGAUUUUGAUGAUGGGUGCCGAAGGGACGGGUCUCAGGACUAGCCUGCUCAACCAAGCACACUAUAUAGUGGGCAUACGAGCAGGACGGGACGCCAGUGAGGUUGGAGUCGACAGCUUGAAUGUUAGCGCGGCGUCUGCGCUGCUCUGUUUCGAAUUCCUUAAGAGACCAGCGCAGCAGCGGAACUCGGCGCAAUCCCUCUUUUGA